AUGCAGUCCUUCACCGUCGUAGCGGCAAUCCUUUUGGGCGUGUGCGUGCUCAGCUGCACGGCACAGUACGGUGGCUAUGCACCGCAUCCGAAGCCAGCGCCGAAACCGGCGGCCUACCAUCAUGCACCGGCACCGGCGAUGCACCACGGAGGCUACCACGGCGGCAAGGCUGGCCAUCAUGUGCCGUGCGGCUCGAACCUGCUCGUCUCCUGCUCACCCCACGUAGCGACCGUCCCGUGCGCUCCGGCACACGCUGGCGGCCAUCAGUACCACCAGCACGGUGGCCACCAUGGCGGAUACCGUGCGUUCGAGCAGGCCGAAUCGGAAGCUGAUGCGGAAUGA